UAAACCAGGAGGUGAAUUUGGAGCUUCAUACUUUUUACAAGUGGAGGGUCUGCAAACUGCAAUUCUUACUCUGAUGGGGAAAGACAAAUGGAGAAAAUAUUUUCAAGUUCCUUGCAGCUUAUCAUUGAUUGAUAAGCCGUCAUAGAGGGGCUGGAAUAUAGGAAUAUCCUCACACUUAUAGGCCUAUUAGUAUGUAGUUAUUACUACACAGUAACAGCGGAGUACAAAGUGCUUAUCACUUAACAGCCAUUAAUGCAAUGAAAAUGUUGAUCUUAAUGAAAGCAUUAACCACAAAAACAGAAUGUUUUAAUGUAAUAGAUAGUUAUAUACAAUAAAAGACAUGACUGAUGGAACAUAUACAUGUAGAUUCGGAAAUGAGAAAUAUCGUGACACAAUCAGUCGUGGAGUUGCCUACGUGCCUGUUUCAAAUAAUGAGUCAGUCAACAUGACACAGAAUGGGAGAGAAGGUGCUCAUUUUACGAAGAGGGAAAUUCCAAAAGUUGUGGAUGGUUCUUUGAACUUUGAACGGACACCGGAAAACAAACGAAAUGGUCAUUGGAAAAAAGUGUUGAAAGAUUUCAGCGGCACAACAACUGUACAUGGAGUCAGACAGAUUGGGGAAAAUACUCCGUUUUUUCUUAGAAGAGUGAUUUGGCUCUGCUUGGUUGUGACUGGGUUUGCCUUGUUUACCCAUCAACUGAUUACGAGCUUCCUCUACUACUUUUCCUAUCCGAUGUCUGUCACGAUGAAGAUCAACUACAACACAACACUGACAUUUCCCGCUGUCACUGUUUGCAACCAGAAUGCGUUCAGGGCAACGAUGAUGGAAGAGCUUGGUUUGUACGAAAACCUUACUGAGUUGUACAGUGAACAUGGGUCCGGUGAAGUUAGCCAAUCGUUCAGAAAUCUAUCACUUCUCCAUCUAUUCAAGACGGGUGGUCAUCAGUUAGAGGAUAUGGUAUUGAGUUGUCAUUGGAGUGGCAGAGAAUGCAGUCCUGAUGAAAUUACGACAACCUUCACGGAUUACGGCACUUGCUAUACAUUCAACCAUGGUAGAAACGGUAUUCCUACGCUUGAGUCAAUUCAGACUGGUUCAGCGUAUGGUCUCAAACUCCGACUUAAUGUUGAACAAUAUGAAUACAUGAAAGGUCCGAACAGUGGCGCAGGUGUAAAGAUUCUCAUUCACGACCACAAUGAAAUCCCGUUAGUUGGAGAUCUCGGACAGGCAAUACCUCCUGGGAUGCAGGCAUUUGUAGGUGUUCGUAUGCUACAGCUUCACAACCUCAAGGAACCACAUGGGGAAUGCGAUGACUCUAAACGACUCAACCAUUUUGAUGACUAUUCAAUAGCUGCCUGCCAUGUGGACAGCAAGGCUAGAUAUAUAAGUCAACAAUGUGGGUGCAGAGAUCUAUAUGUACCCCAACACAAGACAAACCCAAUGGAAUUGUGUGACGUCUACUCUUAUUUCAAUUGUGUCAUGACAAAUAAUGUGAAAGUUGGUGAGCAGAAAGAUGAAAGUGAUUGCCCAAUACCAUGUAAACAGACGCAGUUCGAUUCUGCCAUAACUUAUGCGGCAAUAUCAAACCACGACCUUGACAGCUAUCUAAGUGCAAAUCAUACCAAAACUGCUUCGAUAAAGAAACAUUACUUAAAUGCAAGGGAGACUCAGCAGAGAGUAAACCAAGAUAUCGUGAAAGAUGACAAAUUGCUGAUUAAAAAUUUUGACAAAGCCACAAAUGAAAUAAAAGAAGUAUUGCACGGUGUUGUUAAACAUGUCCAUGGGUUAUCCACAGAGUUGUCUGCCUCUCUCUCCGAACUAUCCAGGCGGAUCUGGUUUCAUUAUAAUCGUGGCCUCACCAGGCUCCUUACCACGAUGGACAGGGAUUUCGUCAGAGCUUGGGAAGUAUUGAACGAACGCUCUCUUUCACAUAUAACAACAGGAUUUUACGCAUUUAUUGAUUCAUUUUCUGCCGCAGUUAGUCAUUUGCUGGAGAUUCCACUAAACAACACAAACUGCAGAGAGACUCUCCAAAUGAUCGUACAACGUGAGAUAUCUAUAAAGCAAGUUCUAGCCAAAAGAGGUUAUGAUAAUAUGACAAAGAUUCACAAUGUCUUUGGAAACGCAGACCCUUGGUUUGUCUAUGAAAAUUCACCAGAUCGGCGGUAUGAUAGGGAAUAUAUAUCGAAAGAUAUAUUCAAACAUUCUGAAGAGGGUGAACUCAACAUCUACACAAUACUCCGGACACAAUUGGAAAUUUAUAUGGAUUGUCUGGAUAACUUCACUGAUAUUCUGUCAACUGUGAUGGAGACAAAUGAAGCCAACUGGACCCACAUACAGGAAACACAUGAAUUAUUCGCCUCCGGGGCAAGGAGCAUUAAUUACAGACUAUAUAUGUAUGAGCAAGACACUGUACUAGUUACAAGUAAGGCACUGCAGAAAAACAUGGACAACUUUAGUAGCUCAAACACAAGUCUGUUUAAGAAAUUUGAGUCAUUAAAUCAACAGCUGGUAAGUUUGACCACAUCUGCAAUGACACUAAACACUUCAGCAUUGUUAACUCUGCAGCACAUCGCAAUAUUAGCUAACCAGUAUACAGAACGAGGAAUAAACAAAACACUUUUAGCCAAAUCAGCUUUACAAGAGGAAGUAUCGGCUGCAAUGCAAGCAGUUCAUUUAUUCUUCUUAGAUCUGAGAUCACGUGAACGUAUCAUUAAAGACAUAUGGGUUCAAUUAAAAGUAGACGUCAUGAAAAUAUGGUCCAGUAUGCUGUCAGAAAAAGCAUUAGUUCAAUUUUAUCAAAAAAUAAAAGAUGAUGUAAAUAUAGUGCGUCAAAAUGGAAGUUUCUAUGUGAAAGAUGUGUUUCGAAAAUUGCUUAAAAUCCCCAAAAAUGAUACAGAUAGAGCCAGCCUGAUAGACAAUAAUUGGGACAUAUUCUUAAAUGCUGAUUUUGUAGACAUUAACUUAAAUGAUAAGUUGACAGAGAUUCAACUAAAAUAUAAAAGCAUCAUAGAAAGCUUUAAUGUUGAAAGCGUCGCCGGGAAUAAGGAUAGUGCUCUAAGAGAUGCAUUCGACGAUCUACUUGCAUCUUUGAAAGAUUAUGAAAAUAAAAAUAGACUGGGAACUGCUUUUGUAAAAGAGAACUUUCUACAAAUGGAUGUCUUCAUGAGGGAACUAAACUAUGAACAGAUAGAACAACAAAAGGCGUAUGAUCUUACAGCUCUUUGGAGUGACAUUGGAGGAUCUCUUGGUCUGUUUGUUGGUGCUAGUGUUCUCACCAUUUUUGAACUACUGGACGUUGUGAUACAUAACUUGCUAAGAGUACACUGCACUGGAAGAUGAAUCGAACGGGGCCUCGUCUCGAGGUUAUGACGUCACAUGUCAUCACGAAAUAGUGCAAGUUGUUUUGCUACGGCAGCUAGUAUAGGAGAAACAUCCAAUUAGAUACUAUUAAAUUGAAGUGAGCAAUAUAAAAAAAGGAUUAACAAUAAUAUCAUGAUACAAAUUGCCAUGCUCAAAAUAUUGAAGCUAUCUGCAGUAUGAGAAAUAGAAAAAACGAUUCCUUUGGUCGAAAAUGUGUCAAAGCUUGAACUAUGGUAUGCAAAGAACUUUUCCGAUGAAUAAAAUAAAAUAUGUUAUAUUUUUCUUUCGCUGCAAUUUUACUGCGAGGCUUUAGGCAUUUUGAUUGAUAUUAUUUACGUUCGGAAAUAUAGUUUUACAUCAAAAUGCAUUAACACAAAAUUGGAGACACAUUGUGCUUCUAUUUUAGCAGCAUGGGACCCCCCCCCCCUUCCAUGGUUGGACCCAAACAUUUAGUAGGGCCUCACGUAGUGUGCAUUUUAGGCAUAACUUGGCCUUUUGGGGCCUUAUCUUUUAAUUGAUUAUAAAAUCAUCAAAAAUGGUCCUUAAAAUUGAAAAAAAUUGGGCCCACUUUUAG